AUGUCUGUUAACCUGCCGCAUUUCCGGUAUGACAUUAUACCAAACGAAUUGACAAUCAAGGUACUUAGAAAUAUAAGCCUUUGUGAGUGUUUAUUUCUAAUUCGGACGCUCCCAUCAAGUCACAGAACCUACCAAUGUGCUGUGUUUUUGUUGCUUGAAACAGUAGAAAUCUAUUGUCAUGGUGGAAAUGAGAAUCCUCGAUGUUUUGAGGAUAUUUUUGAAAUUAAAGAUGAGUCUGAGACUGGGAUUGAUGAAAUUACCUGUGAUAAUACAGGCCCAUUGAUUAGAAUAUUUUGCCUCCAUCUCCCGAAGAUUCUAAAAUAUCAAUCUGCAAUUAAAAAAAUUGUGAUAUCUUGGACAAAAAAUAAGGCGUUUGCUUGGAGACCUGCAAUCUCCAAGUUGAAUUUAUCGAUUAUUAGGCUGUUCUUGGGAUGCUGCACCAGAGUUAUAGAAGUUGAACAAACAUGUGGUUUUGAAUUCCGAUAUCCUAAGUCGACGGAAAUUUUGAAAAUUCUCUCCGUGGAACGAAAAGGAGAAUAUUAUUCUUUACCAAAAUUUGGACCUUCCCAUAUUAAUUUAAGCAAGAUAAAUUACUCACCAAAUAUCACGAAAUUACAUAUUCGACUGAUAAAAUUCAAAAACACUCUCGCAGCUAAUUAA